AUCAACCAUUUAGUCGUCCAGUGAGGCCAAAAGGAAGGACAAGAAGCGCCGAAGCUCUGUCCUCUGCUGACAACAAGAAGCUAAAACUAAGGUAUUAACAGAUCAGAUCAACCAUGGCGCGAGAGACCCUUCAUCGCAUCAUGGGCCGAGCCUGGAUUCAAGGCCAAUCGCACUGUUGUGUUGUCGGAGGGUGCUCUGCUCAGAGACCGGAGAAGAGUAAGAGAGAAAAUAGCAAAAAAAAAGAAAAAAAAAAGGAGAAAUGGAUCGAAGAAUGGAGACAAGGCGGUGGAAUUUAUUCGGUAGAGGAUUGUCUCCCCUGCAGAUCUGGCGGUGGUUUUUGUUGGAGUUCGAAUGAUCCGCAGCCGGACAAAUGCGUGAUCUGAGAUCGGAUCAUCAAGUUGUUCCGGCCUGGACUCUCAAGCACAACUCAUUUGCAUGCAUCAAUCCAACUCGAAAUACACAUAAUGGUAUUGGAACUAUCCUAAAUCCUCUAUACAAGUUGGCGAUGCAAUAGGUGGUAUCACUGCUAUCAAUA